AUGAAGAGCUACCAUGGGGACCGCAACCAGUCACGGGAACACCCUUGCCACUGCAUCCCAGAGGCCUGUGACCAGCCAAUGGAAUACAUCCACCAUAGCCAGGAAUCUCGCCAGCCAUACCUCCUCAGUCCCAGUGAGCCUUAUUCCUUGGACCACUACUGCUCAUCCCGGAGCUCUGCUGACCCUCCCCUCAGCCUAACUGAACCACUUUCUGCUGCCAGCAGUAGCAGCACUUUUCCUAGAAUGCACCACACACCUCAACAGUACGACUCCUGUGACGAGUGCAUGGCGGCCGCCCAUCCUUCCGGCAAGAUCAACCGGCUGCCCCCCACUCUCCUGGACCAGUUUGAGAAGCAGCUGCCUCUUCACCACGACGGCUUCCACACCCUGCAGUACCAGCGGGCCAGCAGCACAGAACAGCCACGCAGUGAGAGUCCCAGCCGCAUCCGGCAUCUCGUCCAUUCUGUCCAGAAGCUCUUUGCCAAGUCACAUUCCCUGGAAGCCCCAUCCAAGCGGGAGUACAACGGCACCAAGAUGGAAGGGCGGGGCACCGAGGGAGGGUACCACCACCACCACCCUCACCACCACCGCCAGUCGCGGCACGGCAAGCGUAGCAAAAGCAAAGACCGCAAGAUGGAUUCCUCAUCGUCUUCUUCCCGCCAUCGGAACAAGAUGAUGGGCUGGUGGAGCUCCGAUGAUAACCUGGACAGUGAUAGCAGCUACAUGGUGUCCGGAAGACAACAUGCUGUUGAUCAGAGCACCCAGUACUGUGUGGACACCCCUGAAAGUGCCUUCCGAGACUUGACCUUGAAGGGUCUCAAAAGUGGAGGUGGAGAGGGCAAGUGUUUAGCCUGUGCAGGAAUGUCCAUGUCCUUGGAUGGCCAGACUCUCAAGAGGAGUUCUUGGCAUACGAUGACGGUUAGCCAAGCACGGGAGGCUUAUCCCAGCUCAGGAGGAGGCCCAGAAAAAGCCUUGAUGCUUCAAGAGGCCAAGGCCAAGGAUCGGUCCUAUCAUUAUCUUCAGGUGCCACAGGAUGAUUGGGGAGGAUACCCGACAUCGGGGAAGGAUGGCGAGAUCCCUUGUCGACGGAUGCGGAGUGGCAGCUACAUCAAGGCCAUGGGAGAUGAUGACAGUGGGGACUCAGAUACCAGCACCAAAGAGUCUCCCAAGGAGGUGGCCCGGCGCGAGGCAUACCGCCGUUCAUCCAGCGUAGAUCAGGCCAGAACCAAGUUUGCAAGUAGACACUAUUCUGACUCAUAUAUCUGUAACUGUCCCAGCUGCUGCACACCACCCCGAAUCCGGCCACGGGGACAAGGGUAUGGACGUUCCUUCACCACUGGGCAGAUCAAUGAUGAGUUGAACCAUCAGUUUGAGGCUGUGUGUGAGUCUGUUUUCGGAGAGGUGGAGUCCCAGGCUGUGGAAGCUUUGGAUCUGCCCGGUUGCUUCCGCAUGCGCAGCCAUAGUUAUCUGCGGGCCAUUCAAGCUGGCUGCUCCCAGGACGAUGACUGCCUCUCUCUCUUCACCAUGGCAACAACCACUCACCAGCCUGGCCAACCUCUCACCAGCAGCAUCCUCAAGCCAAGCACCUCUUUUAGUUACCGGAAAGCUCCACCAGCCCUCCCUUCAGGAAUCAAAGCCAAGCCCCUCAUUGCUGUUACAGCCCAAAGCAGCACCGAAUCUACCCAUGACAGUUUUCUGCCCAGAGAGGUCAACCGAAGUUCAUCCUGGGCCAAAGAGGCCACCAAGCACUGCAACUCUUCUGAGAGUUUAGAAAGCACCAAGAUCACUGCCAUGUCUCUGGAUUUGCCUUCGGUCCAACCCCGGACUUCCCCCAAACCUUCCACCCUUAUCAUCAGGACGAUUCCAGGGAGGGAAGAGCUAAGAAGUUUGGCUCGCCAGAGGAAAUGGCGUCCAUCUAUCGGUGUUCAGGUGGAAACGAUAUCCGAUUCUGACACCGAAAGCCGAAGCUGUCGAGAGUUCCACUCCAUCGGUGUUCAAGUGGAAGAAGAUAAACGGCGUGCUCGGUUCAAGCGGUCCAACAGUGUGACAGCAGGGGUGCAGGCUGACUUAGAGCUCGAAGGCUUGGCUGGGCUGGCCGUGGCCACCGAGGACAAGGCCCUUCAGUUUGGACGUUCCUUCCAGCGGCACUCCUCCGAGCCCGAAUCCACGCGGCAAUAUUCCGUCUACAAAACCGUUCACACGCAAGGGCAGUGGGCCUAUCGGGAGGACUACCAAAUGCAAUACGACACGGUGGAAGUGCCACGACAGGAGUCCUGGAUGGACCGAGGCUCCCGCAGCCUGCCGGAUUCUGGCCGAGCGUCGCCUUGCCACCGGGACGGCGAGUGGUUCAUCAAGUUAUUGCAGGCCGAGGUGGAAAAGAUGGAAGGCUGGUGCCAGCAGAUGGAACUGGAGGCAGAAGAUUACGAUCUUCCGGAAGAGAUUCUUGAGAAGAUCCGUAGUGCGGUUGGCAGUGCCCAGCUCCUGAUGAGCCAGAAAGUCCAGCAGUUUUACCGACUCUGUCAGCAAAAUAUGGAUCCCAAUGCUUUCCCCAUGCCCACUUUCCAGGAUCUGGCUGGAUUCUGGGAUCUCCUGCAGCUCUCAAUUGAGGACGUCAGCAUGAAGUUUGCCGAACUUCAGCAACUCAAAUCUAACGGGUGGAAGCCCAUUGAGGCCAAGGAGGAAAAGAAGGUGCCUCCGCCGAUACCAAAGAAGCCACCACGCUCCCGGCUGCACCCGGUGAAGGACCGAUCUCUGGACUCUGUGGACCGGCAGAGACAAGAAGCCCGCAAGAGGCUCUUGGAAGCCAAGCGGGCUGCCUCCUUCCGCCAGAGCUCAGCUACUGAGAGCGCGGACAGCAUCGAGAUCUACAUCCCAGAGGCCCAGACCAGACUGUGA